GAACUCAUUGUUGGUACUUCUUUGUAUAGCCCCAUCCAAGAAAAAACUCUGAGAUGUGUGGAUUGUAAGUUUGCCCAAGCAAAUCGGACUUUUCACAAGGAAUAACCAGACGUGAGAAUCAGAAUGGAAGAGCCAGCACCGGUGGAAAGCCAGGGCCAGCUCCCAAGCCCCCAGCAGGGCUCUCUGAGGAAGGUCGUGGCUGCUGCCCUGGCCCUGGAUGGGGAAUCCACAAUUGGUCACAGGAAAAAGAAGAAGAAGGAGUCCCGCCCAGAAUCUAUCAUCAUCUACAGGUCAGAGAAUGAGAAAGAGGAUGAGGAGCCUGGGGAGUCAGAAGGUGGCGACCAACCUAAAGAGGAGGAAGGAGACGACUUCCUCGAUUACCCUGCCGAUGAUGGUAUGUGGAACAUGCCUUUGGACAGCCGCUAUGUCACAUUAACUGGGACCAUCACACGAGGGAAGAAAAAGGGUCAGAUGGUGGACAUCCAUGUCACAUUGACGGAGAAGGAGCUGCAGGAAUUGACUAAACCUAAAGAGUCAAUAAAAGAAACAACACCUGAAGGCAAAAAGGUCUGCCAGAUGUCAGCAGACCAGGGGCCCCACGUGGUCCUCUGGACGCUGGUCUGCCUGCCUGUGGUUUUCAUCCUCUCUUUCAUUGUCUCUUUCUACUAUGGCACUAUCACUUGGUACAACAUCUUUCUUGUGUACAAUGAGGAAAGGACCUUCUGGCACAAGAUCUCAUGUUGCCCCUGCCUCAUUCUCUUCUAUCCAGUGCUCAUCAUGGCCAUGGCCUCUUCUCUGGGCCUCUAUUCUGCUGUGGUUCAGCUCUCAUGGUCCUGGGGAGCAUGGUGGCAAGCCGCCCGGGAUAUGGAGAAAGGCUUCUGCGGCUGGCUCUGCAGCAAGCUGGGUCUGGAGGACUGUUCCCCCUACAGCAUCGUGGAGUUGCUUGAAUCUGACAAUAUUUCAGGCAAUCUCUCCAACAAGGACCAAACCCAGGAAGUGGAAACUUCCACUGUCUAAACUCCCAACACCUUAUUUCCUCCUCUGGUCCCAGUAGCCUACAUAUUAUCUUCUAAUUCCCCUCCCCCUCACAGUUCUUCUGGAAAAUUCUAGCCCAAACUGAUCCACCCAUCUUGAUGGUUCUAAGAAGGCAGGGAACAGAAGAGCAGUUUAUGGGAAAGUUAUCCAUACAACAGACCAACUCUUCUUCAUUCCCUGCCCUAAAGUGACCAUUUGUCUGGGACAAGGAGCUCCACUGUGUGUCAGGUCAGGAGCUUGAAGGUGUUACUGGUACUUGGAACCCAGGGGAGUAUGUGACUAAAUAUGAAAGGGAGAAUAAAGUAAUAGACAGGGAUGGAGUGAAAUAGUUAGGAAGCAGGUUUACUACAAUGUAGCAGAAUAUAAAGAUUUGUGUGCAUCACUUAGUUUUAUUUAGCUACAUAUAAUUGAUAUCCCCAAGUAUGAGUGUUUUAAGCAAAAUCGAAGUUUCUUUCUUUCUUCUAAAGAAGAAGUCUGGAGGCAGACCAUCAGGUGACCUGAUGGAGUGACUGGAAUCCAGGCUUCUUUACUCUCCUGCCAUUAGUGUGAUGUGAUCCUCAUCACCUUUAUCUUUAACACCCCAGUGCUGACUACAUCUGCAGCCAUCUCAUCCAUGUUCCUGGGAGAAUAGAGGAAGGAGCAAAGAAGAACAUAUUCUCUGUGCUUAAGGAGGCUUCCCAAAAGUCCCACUCAACACUUCUUAUUGGCCAGACUGGCGUCACAUGACCUUACAAGCAAAAGAGGCUGCAAAAUGUAGUCCUUGGGGGCAGUUAUGCAAAUAUUGGUGUUAUGCAAAUUUAAGAGGAAAAAGAAGAAUGGCUAUUUUGAUAGACAAGUAAGA